AUGGCGCGUUUUUGUAGCGAAUGUGGCACGGAAUUUGCUAAUGAGGCAGCAAAAUACUGUCAUAACUGCGGAAAGGAAUUUUCAGAAUUUCCACAAAAUGCCUGUCACCAUGAACAAGAUUGUAUUGAAUACUAUUUUCAUCUGGGAUACAAGUAUCAUGACAUCACCAAUUUAUUAAAAACAUAUCAUGGUAUUACGAUGUGUGUCCGCACAUUAAAAAGAAAACUACAAAAAUAUAACUUGAAGAAAAGAAAUGUCAAUUUUGAUGAGCAAUAUCUCAGGGAUAUUAUAAAAACAGAAAUGGAAGGAGCUGGACAACUUUCUGGUUACCGUAAAAUUUGGCAUCUACUUCGAAUAAAUCAUCAUUUACAUGCCCCACGGAGUGUUGUGGCUAGAGUUGUCCAUGAACUAAAUCCCCAGGCCAGUAAUGAAAGAAAGGGAAAUAAACUUAAACGGCGAAAGUACUUAUCUUAUGGCCCUAAUCACUGUUGGCAUAUUGAUGUGGUAGUAGCCAAGGGUAAAACACCUCCAAAUGUCAUUAACAUAUUUUAUGUACUGUUUGAUAAUACCAACAUUUUCAAGAUUUUUGUAAAUAAAUAUGAAUUCCAUACAGGAUAUGAUAAGCUCAAACCCUUUGGCUUCCCUAUACAUGCAGCAAUUGAUGGCUUUAGUAGGAAGGUUUUGUGGUUGGAGAUAUGCAAGUCAAACAACUCUCCAAAAGAGCCAACAAUAUUGUAUUUGGAUUGUGUGAUCGAACAUGGUGGAUGCCCCUUGUUAACUCGUUCAGAUUAUGGAACAGAAAAUGGUGAUAUUGCAGCCAUUCAAUGUUAUUUUCAUGAUGAUGAGAAUGCUCAUAAAUAUGGAACAUCCACUAGAAACCAAAGGAUUGAAAACUGGUGGUCACAUUUUCGUAAGUCUUGUACCGAUUGGUGGAUUAACUUUUUCAAAGAUUUACGGGAUAGCGGAUCAGUGAACUUUGAAAGCACAUUACACAGACAGUGCUUAUGGUUCUGUUUCCAAGAUGUAAUUCAAGCAUCAUUAAACAAAAUGAAAGCGUACUGGAAUACGCAUUAUAUUAGGUCAUCUCGCCAUGAAACCACUCCAGGAGUUCCUGAUUUAUUAUUUUAUUUGCCAAAAGAUUCUGGGGGCGUUAACUGUCUUGUUAGGGUCAGUCAGGAUAAAAUUGAUGAAAUGAAAUUGCGUCACUUCGAAGACACCAAUGACGAAAGUUCAUAUCAGGAAUACUUUCAGUAUGUUAUGGAUCACGAAGGUGUCAGAUAUCCAGACAGUCCUAAGGAGGCCUUAGAUUUGUUUUGCUAUUUAACGGAAAAGCUGGAACUGAAGAUUCCUUUUGUGAUGAAAUUUAAUGUUCAUUACAUAUGCCAAAAUGCAUUGCUCUUUCGUAACAAGAGCUUUAGAUUACUAAGAUGAAAGAUUGAUAACAUGCUUCAAAUUGGAUUCAUUGUUACCUAACGUUUUUUUAACAAAACAAUUAAAUAUGAACUUAACUAAUAACUAAUAAUGCAGUUGUUACCAUUAAAAAUUAUGAAUUUUUUUACGGUUAA